UGCAUCAUCUCCACACCCGAGCCGAUCCAUGCGCGCCCUCGCCCACGCCGCGUCGCUCCUGCGUCGCGCCACGGCGUGCACGCCGCAGGUCGCCGCCGGCGGCCGCGACGUCCCGCUCCUCGCGAAGAUUUUCCCAAAUGUCUACUGCAGCAGGUAUUCUACUCUUUCAGCUCCAGUAAAUGAAGCGCUGAUUCCUCCAGAACUUCUGUCUAGCAAGGCUGUUUGGACACCAGACAGAGAGCUUGGGCAGUAUGAGGACUUAGUUUCUAGGGUAACAAACUUCCAUAGUGAGGACAAGGGAUUUAUGGUUCUGGAUGGUGAUGUUUUCGAUGUUCCAAUUAGGAAGGACAUUGUUCACCGAGUAGUAAGGUGGCAGCUUGCUAAAAGACAGCAGGGGACACACUCGACUAAAACUAUCAGUGAAGUGAGUGGCACAGGAAGAAAGCCUUAUAAGCAAAAAGGAACUGGAAGAGCACGUCAUGGAACAUUGCGUGGUUGUCAGUUUCGAGGCGGUGCAACCAUGCAUGGCCCUAAACCACGAAGCCAUGCACACAAGUUGCCAAAGAAAGUACGACGUCUGGGACUUAAGAUAGCUUUGUCUGCUCGAACAGCUGAGGGCAAGCUCUGCAUCUUUGAGGACUUAGAAGUCCCUAGCCACAAGACAAAAAACAUUGUGCAGUACAUAAAGCAGAUGGAUGAUACAAAGAAGGUCCUGUUGGUGGAUGGAGGCGACAUCGAUAAGAAGUUAAAGCUCGCUACACAAAAUCUUCACUAUGUCAAUGUCAUUCCGUCAGUUGGUCUGAACGUGUACAGCAUCCUGCAGCAUGACACCCUUGUAAUGACUCGAGAUGCCAUCAACAGAAUUGUUGAACGGAUGCACACCCCCAUCAACCGCUAGCAAGCAGGGGUUCGGCCAAAUCCAACACCACUAGUUUGUCCCAAAUGUGCUUCCAUUUUGCUGAAGCUAUGGUACCAUUUGUUUUCCCAUCUCAGAAUGCUAUGUUUACAUGAGCUAGUCAUUUUGAUAAACAUGAAAUUCUCCUGGAUGUAAUGUGUCAUAGUAGGGAACAAAUGGGUUACUCCCCAACCUUAGGAUUUGAAUAAAAUUUGAUUUUGUCUGCAAAAAUCGAGAUGUUAUUCCUAUGGUUUACAACUUAUCACGAUUCAUGAUUUUGUUUGUCAGUCCA